AUGAAACAUGGAUCCUAUCAACGAUUAAGAAAGAUUUCACUGUGGUCUCGUUAUGUAACUUUGUUUCUUUUACUUAUUUCUACGGCAGCUACUUGGCUCAAUCUUUUCACGAUCAACAAGACUUUGUGUCUUGACACUGAUAAUGAUGAUGAUGCUGGUAUCAGAGCUUCAACCAUUUGCACAAGCUUUUCUGGACUCAAAAGAGGCACAAAUAGUGCUUCACGUGACGAUUAUGCUUUGGUAGAAUGGGGUCCAAAGGAUGGAUUCGUUUAUGCAGUCAUCUCUUUUGCAUAUGUACUUAUAAUGGCUGCCGAUUUUUACUUUAAAGAUAAAAAGAAAAACCUAUUCAAACAACAACAAAAACUAGAACAACAAGAACAACCAUUACAACAACUACAACAACAACAAGACAGAGAAACACUCAUUUCACAUAACCCAGAUCACGAUUUAUAA